AGCAUUUGCAGGGAGAUGAAUAAAAGCGACCUUUUGAAGCUUCAAAUGUGUGGCACCGAGAACGAGAUGCGGGAGGUGGCAUGUAGAAUUUGCAAGAAUUACCUCCAUGGAGCUUGGAAGAUUGCGGAGCCAGCAGAUUUGGAAUUUCGGAGAAUUAGUGGCGGUCUCUCCAACUUUAUCUACUACGUGGCCCUCCCGGAUGAUAUGUCAAAGUUCUACAGGAACAGGCUGCCUUCAACCGGUUCAGAAACAGAGCAAUCUACUCUCACCCGACAGAUGUCUGAAAACGUAGGCGAUGAGCCCAAACAGGUUCUUCUAAGGAUAUAUGGACAAGUGCACGGCGAACGCGCAAUGGAUGCCAUUGUUACGGAGUCUGUGAUUUUUACACUGCUGUCUGAGAGGCGGCUUGGACCCAAGCUGCAUGGAGUCUUUUCCGGAGGACGAAUUGAGGAGUUUAUUCAUGCACGCCCCCUUCUGACCAAAGAACUAGGCGAACCAGCACUGUCAAUGAAGAUUGCUGAAAAAGCAGCCGCUAUACAUUCCAUGGAAGUGCCUCUGUCCAAGGAACCUUACUGGAUGUGGAAGACUAUGAACAAGUGGUUAAAGACUGUCAAGGAGGAACGGCUGGCGAAUGGUGCUAAAGGAAAGAACGAACAAGAGAAUGAGAUAAUCAAACGUUUUAAGACGAUAGAGUUUGAUAAAGAAAUUGAGUGGCUGAAGAAGUUUCUUGCGAUUGUUGAUUCGCCGGUUGUUUUCUGCCACAACGACUUGCAGGAAGGCAACAUCCUAUUGAUAGAAGAUGAACCAACAAUGGCGGAUGAAUACGAAACAACUUUCGCUCAAUCAUAUCCGUCAUCAGACCUUCCGGAGCAGGAGAACAAUCUUACAUCUCCGAAUAAGUCACCGAAUACGCAGAUGUCACAUAUGUCUCUUACAUCAAUUACUAAGUCACAUAAUCGACAAAGUAUGGAAAUGCUCGAGAGAACCACUACAUCUAGAAUUCCAUUCGUCACACAUAUCCCCUCAUCCAAUCAAUACCUAGACCACGAAGAUGCAAACACGUCGGACUCUAUUCAUAGCCACAUCUCCGACUCCGGCGAACCGAGACUUGUCCUCAUUGACUUCGAAUACUGCGCCUAUAACUACCGCGGUUUCGACAUCGCGAACCACUUCCAAGAAUGGGGCUACGAUUACACAAACCCAGAGUACCCAUUCUAUCAUGAACUUCAGGAAAAUACACCAACUUUGGAGCAAAAGGAAAUCUUCAUCAAGGAAUACCUGAAGCAUUAUAACGCCAAUUUGACGGACGAGAAGGAGCUGGUGUCCCCCUCGAUAGACGCUGUGAACAAACUGCUGAACGAAGUGGAGGCGUUCACGCUAGCCAGCCAUCUCUUCUGGGCUCUUUGGAGUAUUAUUAACGCUAGCAAAAGUCAGAUACCUUUUCUCCGUCCGUAACAAUUCUUGUACAAGUAAUAAUACUCGACCAAACGCAUGAUGCGAAUGAAGCUUCAUAAUUGACAUUGUUUUUUAACUUAACGCGUAUUACUACAUCAUCUUAUUUAAGAGCCAGACUUCUUCAUUCUUGGUCUUCCUAUCUUUCUUUUCCCUUCUAUCCUCACCUCAAUUCCAUCCUCAAUCCACACUCUCACAAAUUCGUCAUUAAGCAACAAAUGUCUAAACAUUUUCCCCCAUCUCAUCCUUAUUGCAUUCAAAAGUCUUCUCUCUCCAACCCUUUCCAAAACUUCCUCAUGUGAUGUCUUUUCAAUCCAUUUUAUUUUUUCCAUUCGCCUUUCGUGUUACUUAUUUGACAGUGAAAGUUAUAUGCGGAGAAAGGGGGUAGUCCGAAUUAUUCGCGAUAAUUCUUACGACAACGCGCGACCAGUUUUUGGGUCGUAUUUUAUUUGUACAUUACACAAUAGAGUUAUAUGUUAAAGUUAUGCGCGUAUGAAAAAAUCUUGUAUGUGGGAAUAUAUAUCGCACUGCUAAUGCAAUAGUGGAUUAACUCAAAAACUGAAUUUAUUCCGAUUAGCUGAAAAAGUAAUUACUCAGUUCCCGUGAAAAAUUAUCAUUAUGUUUAGGUUAAAAUUUAUUAGACAUCUAAACAACUCUUAUUUGCCAAUUACAAGUAUAUUUGAAAAUAAAAUUAAAAAUUAUUUUUUUUAGUAAGGACUGUUUAAUCCAGUCUAGUCAGCAAGGACUACUCCUUGUCUCAUUCUGGGUUAUGUAGAUAUAUUUUCAUAGUUUCUUACAAUAUUCUAAUGACAAUUUUAUUGACGUGUAGAGAAACAAAUUUAACGUUCAGAAAUGAUAUAAUCUUGAAUUUCACGUAUUUUGAGUUACAACGCUAUUUAUUGUAAUGGCAAUGCGAUAUGAAGUUUUUUUCCUUUGAACUUACUAGUAACGAUUAGAGCGGUGUUGUUUACCAAGCGACAAUAUCUGUUUUAAUCAUAUUAAUUUUGUUUAUGGCUCAAACAACGUCUACUUAUAUUGUGAUAAUAUCUAAUUACUCAAAACUAACUCCCGCCUCACAUACACAUUAUACACAAACUAAAACUCCCACUUUCACUGUAUGCGAUGAUUACAGUACCACCAACGUAAUGAUAAUGCAUCGUAAUAGACGAGAUUGUAUUUACCAAAACUUCAAGUGAUACACAUAGAAGGAAUAAUACCUCCCUCUGAAGUAUCAGAGUGAUUAACAAUCGGGGCACGAAAUCGUCGUUUCUUAUUGUUUAUAUAAGAGAUACUUUUUUUUUAAUUGACAUCACGUUUGGAUUCUUCUCUGAUACAGCCACACAGUGCGAUAUUGCUAGCGGUAGCAUUUUAUUGUCCUAAUAAAUUUUAUAAAUAUCAUAAUUAUCAAAGCAUAUUCAUAAUUUCGAACUCUGUUAAAAAUAAAAACCAAAAUUACAAAACUUUACUUAUAAAGACACUAACCUAUUUCUAGUUACACAUCAAAAGUAUACAACCGGUACAAUUGAUCUACUUUCCCGAUCGGUCCACUUGUUUUUCCCAAUUCGUCUAUUUCCUA